AUGGGCACAUCAGCCUCAAAACCAGCGCGCGCAGCAGCAUCAGCUGCUUCCCGUCGCCAAUAUCCUCUCCGUCCCUCCCCUUCAACCACAAGCACACCCACUGCCUCUCCACCGCAGCCGCAGCCGCAAGCACCAACAGCCAACCGUGCAAACACACAAGGUCAAGAGAAAGCAAGCACCACGCGAUCAGAAGCAAUUGACCUGGAUGCCCGGGAUCCCGACUUUGCAGCCUCGCUUCGCUCCAUAGGACCUGUAACUCCUACGCCCACACUUUCACGAAGCAGCACAUUUAACCAGCCGAGGGGGCAGAAUGUCUCACCACCUACGUCUGGAGCAAUAAGUGAAGAAGUCAAGGCGAAUCCGUCGUUGUUAACAUUGAUGUCGCGGACAAGGAUAUCUGCUGAGGCAGAGGCCGACAUGGAGUCGUUGGGGAGAAAGGGUCACGGAGGACGUCGGUUUGUAGACGUUGUUAGUUUGAAGCAGAUUAUCUCCAUGAGAGAUACACAAGGGGUUAGCGAGGAGGUUAUUGAGACGCAGUUUGGAUUGAAGAAGGGGACUUUGGCCAACUUAGGGCCAAAGGGGGUGGUAACGGGAUGUACGAUAAUGCUUACUUUGUAG